CUUGGGAAGGGGCGGGGCGGCGGUGGAGGAGGGAGAACUGACGCAGUCGCGUCGCCCGAGGAAGGGGUGUGUGCGCAUGCGCCGGGCCUGAGCUCGCGACCGUCUCAGAAGCAUGCGCGGGCUGGGAGUGGGCGGGGCCGAGGGCUCGGAGCGGCUGCUGUGCCCGGGGUCUGGGUAGCACCUGCACACGGAGCCCCCGCCGACCUGGCCCCGCCCCUCCUCCCGGCACUUGAGUCACUUGUAAAAUUAUCUUGAAAAAUCAGAGAAAAGAAGAUGUAUCACAUUGUUCGAUAUCAGCAUUUGAAACUAAUAACCCAGAACACUGUUUCUAAGGUGCAUUUAAAGUUGAUUUUUCCAAGAACCCUGGCAUUUGCACAACUGGGAAGGUCAUGGAUCUCAAGUCACUCUCAUGCUGCAGAUCAGAAUAUUAUCCUGAUGGGACCUCCUGGUGCUGGGAAAACAACAGUAGGGAGAAUAGUAGGUCAAAAACUGGGCUGUCCUGUCAUAGAUGUAGACAACGAUGUCCUUGAAAAAACCUGGAAUAUGAGUGUGUCAGAAAAAUUGCAGGAUAUUGGUAAUGAACAAUUUUUAGAAGAGGAAGGAAAAGCCCUGUUAAAGUUUUCAGCAUCUGGAAGUGUAAUUUCCCUUACUGGAUCCAAUCCAAUGCAUGCUGCUAGUAUGCAGCACAUGAAGAAAAAUGGGUUAGUUGUGUAUCUGGAUGUACCCACAAGAGACAUAAUAGAUAGACUGGAAUUCAUAAAACUGGAUCGUAUUGUGGGUCAGGGGCCUCAAAUUUCCAUGAGAGACAUACUUCAGUAUAGGAAACAGUUUUAUAAAAAGUGGUAUGAUAUCCGGGUUCUUUGUGAAAGUGGGAUUACAGCAGAGGCUGUAGCAGAUAAAGUACUUGAUGCAGUUAAGAGGUAUCAAGACUCAGAGGCAGAAACUUUUAUUUCAACCAGAUAUGUAAAAUCUGAAAAAUGUGAUAAAAAAGAGCCUGCUAAAUAUUUCAGUGAUGUUGUGAUUGAGAGCCUAGCAUCUGAUGGUGGACUCUUUGUUCCUGAGAAGGGGCUUCCAAAAUUAACUGCUGGAGAAUGGCAAAGCUUAGUAGAAGCAACCUAUGUUGAAAGAGCCCAGAUUAUAUUGGAAAAAUGUAUACAUCCUGCUGAUAUACCUGCUUCAACACUGGGUGAAAUAGUUGAGAUUGCUUAUGGAGAGAAUUUUACCUGUUCUAAAAUUGCCCCUAUUAGGCACUUGUCAGGCAACCAGUUUCUCCUUGAGUUGUUUCAUGGACCAACAGCCUCAUUUAAGGAUUUUGCAUCACAGCUGUUACCUCAUAUCUUUGCUUACUGUGUUCCCAGAAGCUGCAAUUAUUUGGUCCUAACAGCUACAUCUGGAGACACAGGGAGUGCUGUCCUAGAUGGUUUUAGUCGUCUUAAUGAUGCUGACAAGCAAAGAAUUGUUGUGGCCAGUCUCUUUCCUGAGGAUGGAGUGAGCCAGAUUCAAAAAUCUCAGAUGAUUGGCUGCCAAAGAGGAAAUGGAUGGGCAAUAGGUGUCAAAUCUGACUUUGAUUUUUGCCAGAUGGCUAUAAAACAAAUAUUUACCGAUUCUGAUUAUACUGGCUUUCUUACUGCAGAAUAUGGAACAGCUUUAAGUGCAGCAAACUCUAUAAACUGGGCUCGACUACUUCCUCAAGUGAUUUAUCAUGCCUCUGCCUAUCUUGACCUCGUUCAUCAAAGUAUUAUUGCUUUUGGGAGCCCAAUAGAUGUGUGUGUGCCUACUGGAAACUUUGGCAACAUAUUAGCAGCCUUGUAUGCAAAAAAGAUGGGAAUACCUAUCAGGAAAUGUAUUUGUGCUUCUAAUGAAAAUAACGUUUUGACCAGUUUCAUGAGAACAGGCCUUUAUGACUUAAGGGGCAGAAGACUAAUACGUACUUUGUCACCAGCAAUAGAUAUUUUGAAGUCUUCCAACCUUGAACGACACUUGCAUCUGAUUGCUAAUGGUGAUGGACAGCUGGUGACACUAUUGUUUAAUAAGCUGGAAAAUCAAAGCCACUUUCAGUUGCAGAAUGAGCUACUUGAGAAACUUCAGCAGGACCUGGUGGCUGGGUGGUGUUCUGAAGAGGACUGUUUAACUGCUAUUCACUCUGUAUACAGUACUACCGGGUAUAUUUUGGACACACACACAGCUGUUGCUAAAGUUGUUGCAGAUCGAUUACAGGAUAGAACCUGCCCAGUUAUCAUUUCAUCUACAGCUCAUUAUUCCAAGUUUGCACCUGCUAUUUUGCGGGCUCUGAGGAUUGCAGAAAUAAAACAGAAUCCAUUAAGUCAGCUUCACUUGCUGAGUUCUUACAGCCCUUUGCCUCCAGUCCACCAAGGCCUGUUAGAGACAUUGAAAAAGAAUGAGAUGCAGAAACAUCAGGUCUGUGCUGCUGAUGUGAAUGUUCUGAUGGCACAUAUAGAAACCUUAAUACAAAACCGCUUCAUGAAGGUUUCCUAAGUAAACUCACUAGGCAUUUUCUGUGUCAAUUUGAAUAUUUUCUUCGAUAAAGAUGCCUGUUUUAAUAAAAGCAUCGUUCACGAGGCCUGUGCCCAGUUUACAUUCAGAACACACAUUCUCGUUUUCAUUUUUAGCUGUAACAUUUUAACAUUGCUUGUUAAAAAUGUUCACUGCAUGUGAGAAUUUGAAUCCAUGUGAAGGUUCUGAAAUGAUAGCCCAAGACACUGAUGUGCCUUUUUCCAGAACAAGUAGGCUAAGGACAGCAGCAGUGCCAACUUCUCCAGGCAAUCCUUCUACUGUUCCUUGGCCUUGACCUGGAAGGAAGAAGGACUGCUAAGAAGAAAAGAAAAGGCAGCUGCUGGCACCUCUGAGAACAAGUGCAAUGAGUUGUAUUUUUGUUGUGUAUGUAGUUUGUGAUGUGAAUGCUCGUCCACUGGGAAUUUUUGCUAAACCCUUUAACUCAUUUCACAGAGCACUGAAAAGCUGUCAGAUGUAGUAAUAUAUGAAGACUGUUACUAAUAUAGUAUACAUUAAUAUUGCAAACCUUGAAGAGAAAUUAUCUACAUCCCUUGAGCCAUACAAUCGCACAGUUAUUUAAUAUGUUCUCUCACUUUAUAUUGUCUUUGUAUUGACUGUAGCUGAAGUUUUAUAUAAAAAUCUUGCUCUUCAUCAAACAUCAAGGAUUUCACACCAACAGUUUGUAUUUUUUGUGUGAAAUAAAAACCUUC